AUGAAGGUCAUUUUUAAGAAUUUCAAGAAGGAAAAAUUCCCCAUAGAAGUAGAACCUUCUGAUAGCAUUUUGUCCGGUAAGGAAAAGCUUUCUGCUGCACAGGACUGCCAGCCAGGUCAGCUGAAGUUUGUGUAUUCUGGAAAAAUCCUCAAGGAUGACAAAACAUUCGAGUUUUUCAACGUCAAGGAUGGAGAUCAGAUCAUAUUCAUGAAGAGCAAGUUAAGAAAGCAGAAGUCAAAGCCUGAGCCCAAGCCUGAAGCACAAGCUGCAGCUGGUAAAGCCGAGACCUCAUCUGAAAAUGCAGCAGUUGAAUCAUCAUCAACUUCAAACGCAGCAUCGCUACCAGCACAAAUACCGGCAGAAAACCAGGAAUCUUCUACGGGGGCAGAAGAAUUUACAGAAUCUACGUUUGCCAUUGGCCGAGCAAGGCAGACUGCUGUUCAGAAUAUAAUGGGCAUGGGUUUUGAAAGAGAGCAGGUCGAAAGAGCGUUGACUGCGGCAUUCAACAAUCCGGAUAGAGCCGUUGAGUAUCUUUUAAACGGAAUUCCAGAAAGCCAUCAUCAAGCAUCGGCACCUGCACCACCUGCACCAGCAGCUGAACCUUUAGCCGAGGCUGCAACCGAGAAAUCUACAGGUACUGUGGAUGAGGAGCAGGAAACUGCUCCCAAGAAUGCUUCUGAAGGAAAUACAGAGGCUGGAUCUUCAGGAAAAAGCGAAGAACCAGUGAAAAUAGCUGAGAAUGUUGAAAAUACAAAUGCCACAGCAACGACAGCACAAACGCCGGCCAAUCCAAAUUCGCAGAAUUUGUUUGAAAGAGCCGCUGCUGCGGCCCAGGGACAAAAUACAGGCGAAAAUUCACAAGAGGGUGAUUACAUGGGAUCUCUGCGAGAGCUUCUUCAGCAGAGGCCGGAGAUGGCCGAGAUUGUUCUCCAGCAGAUGGCAGCAUCGAAUCCGCAGCUUGCAGAGGUUAUACAAAGAAACCCUGAGGCAUUUAUGAGAUAUAUCACCAGUGGAGACCAAGAUGCCCUAGCUGAGAGUUUGGGCAUCCCUAAGGAGUACUUAGAGGGAAGCGGUGAUGUUGAUGAUGCCGAAGAUGGAGAGGAGGCCAAUGUUCCUCGUAUUGAGGUCACACCUGAGGAAAAUGCGGCAAUAAAUAGAUUAUGUGAGCUUGGAUUCGACCGUAGUCUGGUCAUACAAGUUUACUUUGCCUGUGAUAAAAACGAGGAGAUGGCAGCCAAUUUAUUGUUCAGUGAUCAUGCUGAUUAG